UUCCCCAUUAGGUUUAACUGAUAUCGAGAUCUGUCAGGACAUCAGCGAACCCACUGGGAAAAUUCUCUACCUCACUGAGGACCCUGUAAAAGCAGAGAAGGCCAUUAAAAACGGGCAUGCAGCUGCCAUUAUGUUCCCCAAUGACCAGGAAGUGCAAUGGAGCGAUGAAAGACAGCUUCGUGUGGCCUUCGAUGGAGAUGCUGUCCUGUUCUCUGAUGAGUCUGAGGAAGUUUACAAGAAGAAAGGGCUGGAAGCCUUCAUAAAAAAUGAAAAGGAUAAAGAGGACACCCCUCUCAAAGAGGGCCCGCUGAAGUGCUUUCUGGAGGUUCUCUGCUACCUGCAGAAAAUGCUCAGUGACAGGAGUCCAUUCAAAGUGCUGACCUACCUGGUGACAUCCCGCAACCCCAUCAUUUGUGGGACCAGGGCCCUGAAGACUCUGACCAGUUGGGACCAGGAGGUCAACCAGGCCUUCUUCAUGGCCAAGAGCCCCAAGGGGCCGCUCUUGGCAACGAUCCGCCCGCACAUCUUCUUCGAUGACCAGAAGUCGCACAUCGACAAGGCGCUUGAGUGGGGGGUCAUCUCUGCCCAUGUGCCUUAUGGGAUAGGAUACGAAACCUACAAGGGUGCCGCCAAGAAGGCAAAGAAGUAAUAAAACAUGGGGACAAACAAAGCUGUUAAAAUGCACAGCGAAGUCAGCACUAACUGGAGCUG